AUGGGAAGCGGCCUGCCCACCCCUCCGUUGGAGGACCAAAAGUCUAGGAAGAGCUCAUCCAGCUCGAAGUCCAUCAAGCCCAACCGCCACACCGCCAAGCGCGCCAGCCCUCACAACGCUACACAACAUCACGACCAUGCCUCGCAAGGCAUGUCUGCCGAUGGCCGCCACAAGAGAGUAUGGAAGGCCUGUGAAAGAUGUCGGAUGAAGAAGACAAAGUGCGAUGGAGAGUUCCCCUGUAAGAGGUGUAAGGACGAUGGUCUCGUCUGCACCGCCGGCGUCCGCAAGAAGACGGAAUACAAGCAGCUCCCUAGGGGAUACGCCGAAGUCCUGGAGCACACUCAGUUUGCCCUCAUCGCCACCGUCCACAAGCUCUACUCCAUGGUUAGGAAUCAGCAGCAAUGGGACCUGGGCGAACCCGAGCUCAAUGACAGAGGGCAACCCGUCAUCCACAACAUUGCUCAGAAGCUUGGAUGCAUCCGCCCCAACAGCGACAUCGACCUGCCGGUGCACUCAGUCUUUCCCGAGGACGAGGCCGGCCUGACCGAGCUGGCGCGUCAACUGGAGGAGCAACAGAAGGAACGCGACGUCGAGAACGCGAUGAAGAUCGAGGUCGACUCGACCUCUAGCUGCGAACGAUCGGACCGCGCCAGCUCUUCCGAGAUCGACCACUCCGAGUUUGAGGCCGACUACCGCAAGGCUGUCUUUGGCGGCCAUAACAACCCGAUGACCAUGUCGCCGCAGAGCUUCUCGACAGGCUACACCGAAUUCGACGUCGACUCGGUCGCCUCGCCCGUCGACCCGGCCGCUGUAAUGUUUCAGCAACAAAACCAGUCGCCGCCUAUGAACGCCUACCAGCAAUGGAGCAUGCCCAGGCAAUCGGCGCCCCCCUCCAUGGACCUCACGCAACAAUUCUUCCAGCACCCAGGUGCUCUCACCAAUAUGGACAUGCUCAACCAGGGCCUCAUCGAGUCUGAAUUUGGAACCAUCAAGCCUCAUGUCCUCAACUGCCCAAAUCCGGAAGUCAUGAUGGGCAUGGGCGACCCAAUGAUCUACGGAGGCUACGACGGAGAGCCAUUGCGACUGUAA